AUGUUUGACCCACCUGAUUUUCCUUACAAAGAAUUAACUGAAUGUAUAAGUGACCAUUACAGUACAGAUGAUCUAAUUUUUAACAGUGAUGCUGUGGUAACUGAUACAGUAUUGAAUGAUAAAGAUCUUGUAAAAGUUACAGAAGAAAUUAUCUCUACAGUAGAAAAUCAAUUAUCGUUUAAUUCUAAUAAUUCUGGACGGUUUUUUAAUGUUGAUAACGCUUCCAUUUUGGACAUAGAACAAAACUCAGAAUUAUACGUAGUGCAAUCAAAUAAUUUACUCAACUAUGAGCCAAUUUUAUUAGAUGAUAGUAUAGUCAACCAAUUUCUACUUCCCGUUGAAGCAUCUUCUGAUAAAAAUAAGACUGCAGAAAAUAUAGACCCUGAUUUAUUAGCAUUACAUUCUUGCGUCAUUUGCCACGAAAUUUUCACUACCGAUGAGGAUUUACUUGAUCACACAAUCUCGACACACGCUUCCGACCACUCAUCGGAGCAAGAAACGAGCCCUUCAUUGACUUCUGCUUUCAACAAUACUAUUGAAGGUAAAAAACAUGCGUAACCAAAUAUCAGUUCUGAAUGCGAAUGGCUGGUGUGUGGUGUUUGCGAGCGAGUGCUGUCGACCGCGCUUGAAUCCGAACCCCGCGAGCAAUUAUGUUGUUCGGACAUCAGCGGCAAAGGUGCCGUGGGUUCACGAAGGCUCAGUUCUAUGUUCGUCUGCGAAUACUGCAGCUACCUGUUUGCAACCGGGGACGCGUUAGAUCGACACCGCCUGAUUUGCUUCGGGCAAGAAGAUUUCUACCCAGAAACCAUGAUAGAAUCAAACAUAUUACCAAUUUCCGGAAAUUAUGUUUUUUGCAACGUUUGUGGCAAGCAAUGCGGUAACGAAGAUGAAUUAAAGGUGCACGAGAUACAAAGUCACAAGCCAGCGAACAGGCAACGCCGUCCGUACAACACUUGCAACAACAACAAGAUGUGGAACUGUGGAUCUUGUAAUCAACUUUUCGCUACGGCUAGAGAGCUCUAUCGUCACAAGCGGGGCGAGGAUCGCCCCCCCGGCACGCCGCUCAUGGCGUAUGUUUGUGAGGAAUGUGACAAGGUUUUGGGCAGCAUGUGCGCUUUGCACACACACAAGAAAAUGCACAAAGUAACAAAGCCUGGUUAUCCAUGUAGAGUUUGCGGUCGACGAUUUAACCAGUCCGGUCACUUGGCGAUUCAUAUGCGCAUGCAUACUGGUGAGCGACCGUAUCCUUGUGACCUGUGCUCGAAGGCCUUUAAAGUUAAGGUGGAGCGCGACGACCACCGCCGGACGCACACCGGCGAACGCCCCUUCGCGUGCGCCGCCUGCCCCAAGACGUUCACCGCCGCCGCACGCUUGCGUGAGCACGCGCGCACUCACACCGACCAAAGGCCAUACAAAUGCGAUAUUUGUGGCGCUGCAUUCCGAAGGCCCUACGCUCGUACCGUCCACACUCUAAUACAUACAGGAGAGAAGCCACACGAGUGUGACGUGUGUGGAACUGCCUUUAGACGUUCCGGAGAUAUGUGGAAGCAUAAAAGAACACUACACGGCAUUCAGGCAAACGGCAGUGAUGCAAAAUAGAUUAAAAUAUUUUAGGAUAAAAUAUGACCAAUUUUAUUGAGAUUUUCAAGUUAUGUGCUGCCAAGGAGGUUAAUUUGACGUUUUUAAAUACUGUCACAGAAGAAACUUAGAAACUUAGCAUUUCAAGUAACUUUGUAACAUUUCAAUAAUAUGACUUUAUUUGUUAGAAGUGUGAAGUGUCACGGACUGCCAAGAGAUAGAAUCAUGACACCAGAAUAUGACGUAUUGAAACCACCAUAAUAAUGCCUUGUAUAUAUGUUUGAUAGU